AUGGAGGCCUCGACCUCGACUCGAUCACUGCUGAAAAAGAGAGCCUCUGACUGGGAUUUGGCUUUAUCAGCAGCAGCAGCAGCUGGCCAAGAGCGGGAUUACAGAUUCAUCGCGAAAGCCGUGGACGAAGCUUACCGGGCAGUCGAGUGCGGCGGCGGAAAUCCGUUCGGGGCGGUCAUCGCCCGUGGCGACGAGGAGGUGGCCUGCAAUAAACUAGGGAGAAUCGACCUCUCCGACUGUGAAAUCUACGCGUCCUGCCAGCCAUGCCCGAUGUGCCUACGACUGAUUCGCCUAUCCAAGAUAAAGAAGGUGGUGUAUGGAGCCAAGGCGCAGGUCGCUGCUGCUGCUGCUGGGUUCAGUAGCAGCAUCCCAGAUGCUUUCGUAGAGUACUAUCAGAAGUCGGGUAUAGAGAUCAGGCAGGCCGAGGGCGAAGCGGCCCGGAUCGCCGAGGAGGUCUUUGAGAAGACGGAGGGGAGGUUUCAGACGAAGUGA